AAAACACCCUUUUCGAUGAUUGUAUUCGUAACACGCGCCCGUGGAUGUUUCUUUUUAAGGCAGUGGCAAGAUUUCCCUUGUCAGCUAAGCCCAUGGACCAACGAUUAUUUUUUUUUGCCCCAGUUGAAUGCAAUGCAAAAAUGGCGAUACGUCUUUGUGUUGGUCAGCUUGCAGUUUUCCGCAAGGGAGCUAGUAUCCUAUUUUUUUUUUUUUUGUAUAUGCUGUGCAACCACCCUUCAGCGGCCGUUCUAGGUGAAAAAGGCAUCAAGUCGUAUUUUUGCUUUUAUUGUAAAUGGGGAGAUCGCAACCGUUGGACAAAGCGCGUCAUCUCCCUACAUUUGGGCACGACGGUGAAAUGGACACGUGUCAUGGACGUUCAACGUAUGAUAUUGUUCGUUCUGUUUCGAUGUGAACCGUCCAAGGCCAUCCACCGUUGAUAAAAGCGAUAGACAACGGUGCCAAGCCUGUCGUCCAGGCCGGACUGCAUCAGUUUCACAUGCAAAAUCAACAAAACAAGAGACUUGAACGUCUCCGAAAGCAUAAGCGGGGGCCAUGUCGGUGCUUAUUAGAUAGAAGGUCGUACCUUCUGGAAAAAAAGGGCUUACAAAAGGAGAGAAAAAAUAGCCAAUCGUAAAUUGAUAGGCUUGCGGGGGAUGGAAACUUUUUCAUCUCAAUGAAAUAAUAAAUUUUUAUUCGCUAUGUUUGG